AUGGCCAUAAUCUCAGAAGCAUUGAUCUCAGUCUGGUCACAUUUACCAACCAUCCUUGUUGCCCUUGCUUUAUUUCAUUUCACUCGCAAUUACCUCAAACCGGGAGCAGCGUCAAUCCCCGGACCAUUAUUGGCUAAGAUAACGAACCUUUGGAGGUUCAUUGAUGUCGCCAAUGGUCGUGCAGAAGUGACGCUUUACAGCCUCCAUCAAAAACAUGGGGACUAUGUUCGGCUAGGACCCAAUGUGGUUAGGAUAUCAAAAGGUGGGCUCAAAUUACAAGAACUGAUUGACCUUUCCGCUGAAAUUCCCAAGACAAAUUUCUAUCGUGUUCAGCAGCAGCUUGCCAAAGGCAGAGCGACGCCUACAAUAUUUACUACGACCGAUGAAGCUUUCCACGCUGCUAUCAAAAGGCCUAUCUCAUCAGCUUACUCAAUGAGUACUCUGACCGAAUUCGAGCCUUUUGUCGAUAAGACUAUUCAUACUUUAUUUGGGAAAUUGGAUGAGUUUGUAACUGAAGCAAAAGUCUGCGAUAUUGCUGCUUGGCUACAAUACUAUGCAUUUGAUGUCAUCGGAGAAUUGACAUUCAGUAAGCCACUUGGGUUCCUCGAGAAAGGGGGUGAUAUCGACGGAAUCAUUGGAGCAUUGGAGCAUAUGCUCGACUAUGCCGGAAAGAUUGGGCAAAUGCCGUGGCUUGACUACCUUUUCAUCAAGAAUCCUCUCAAGAGCGUUUUCGGAGGCGCGUCGACCGGAGCUGUGGCUCGCUUUGCUCGUGCAAGACUGGAUGAACGAUUAAACCAGAAAAGCACACUACCAGUGGCUUCUUCACACAAAGACUUUCUCGCCCGUUUCUUGGAAGCGAAAGAUCAACACCCGGCUAUUGUAAACGAUAACCAAGUCUUCUCAUAUACGAUCAGCAAUAUUAAUGCUGGCUCCGACACCACGGCAAUUUCCCUCCGAGCAAUACUUUAUUACACCCUUAAGAAUCCCCAAGCAAGUUUGAAACUGCACCAAGAGCUCACCACUGCCUUGGAAGAAAAUCGAAUCUCUUUACCUGUCUCAUGGAAGCAAAGCCAAGAGCAACUCCCUUACCUCGAUGCAGUGAUUAAAGAAGCACUACGCCUUCACCCGGCGGUAGGACUGAUGCUUGAGCGGGUCGUGCCCGCCGAGGGACUUCAACUUCCCGAUGGCCCAUUUCUACCAGCUGGGACGAUCGUUGGCGCUAAUCCGUGGAUUAUACAUCGCCACCAGAUCUUUGGAGAGGAUGUGGAGUCAUUUGUUCCAGAAAGGUGGCUCAAGAUGGAUACCGAGUCCGAGGCCGAUUUCCAGGACAGAAAGCAGAAGAUGGUUCGUGCGACAUUUACCUUCGGAGCUGGACCGAGGACUUGCAUUGGCAAAAAUAUCAGUCUGCUAGAGAUUUAUAAGCUGAUUCCAUCGCUAUUUCUAAGAUACAAGGACUUUCUUCAGAUUGAAUUGAACGAUCCCAGUGCAGAAUGGAAAAUUGUUAAUGCAUGGUUUGUGAGGCAAAAGAACAUGGAUGUGAGGUUGAGACAUAACACCAAGGUGAUAGCAGGGUCAUAA